AUGCCAAUGGUUGCAAUGUUCAUUCUCUUCGAUUUCGUCGUUGAAAACCCACUACAUGCUGAGACCAGGGGAAAUCUGUCAUACUUUAAUAUAGUUGCUGCCCACUAUGCCAGACUCGACUUGUUAGUGCAAGGCACCAUUCACGAUGCUAGGUCGUUAACUGGAGAUCCGGCAAAUACCGCUAGCAAUACUAGUUCAGUUAAUGGACCCAGCGUCCAUCGAGAGCCACUUGACGACAGUUCGCUCGAGGUUGAACAUCCUGAUUUCAUGUCACAAUUUGACUUUCAGCAGCUGUCAGCUACAAGGGCCAAUAAUAUGAUGAAUGAGAUGGACGAAUGCGGCAUUUCGCUCGCUGGAACAAGCUAUCUGGACUUUCCAGGCACAAGCUCCUUAUUGUACAUGUCCAUGCCAGCGCCUGACUAUGGCAUAGCUCGUUUCUUUCGUGAUUCGCUCGGCUGGAUACCGGAUGGCAACCUUGAGUCAUAG